CACUGAAGAAGUUAGGUUUUACCAGCAGACCGAGCAGAAGAGGAUUGAAUUCCAGGUUGACAGGAGGAUCCCUGCAGUCAAUUGGAAGCCAUCCUCUCUCCCAGACCAGCAAGAUGGGUAAAAAGAGCCGAGUGAAGACCCAGAAAUCGGGGACCGGGGCCACAGCUGCGGUUUCUCCGAAAGAGAUGAUGAAUUUAAUUUCUGAACUGCUGCAGAAGUGUAGCAGCGCUGCUCCCUCUCCUGGGAAGGAGUGGGAGGAAUAUGUUCAGAUCCGAGCUCUGGUGGAAAAGAUCCGUAAGAAACAGAAAGGGAUGUCAGUAUUUUUCGAGGGAACUAGGGAGGACUUUUUCUCUGAGCUGAUGACCUGGGCUGCAGAAUGCGGGGCUUCUUGUGAUGGUUUUGAGAUUUCCAACUUUGCAGAUGAAGGAUAUGGACUGAAGGCCACCAAAGAUAUCAAGGCAGAGGAGCUGUUCCUGUGGAUCCCUAGAAAAAUGCUGAUGACUGUGGAAUCUGCCAAGAACUCUGUCCUUGGGCCGCUGUAUAGUCAGGACCGGAUCCUUCAGGCCAUGGGCAAUGUGACACUGGCUCUACACUUGCUGUGUGAACGGGCCAGUCCCAGCUCGCCCUGGCUGCCCUACAUCAAGACCCUGCCUUCUGACUACGACACACCCCUAUAUUUUGAAGAGGAUGAAGUGCGCCACCUGCUGGCCACACAAGCCAUACAGGACGUACUCAGUCAAUACAAAAACACAGCGCGGCAGUAUGCCUACUUCUACAAAGUCAUCCACACUCAUCCGAACGCCAGCAAACUGCCCUUGAAGGAUGCUUUUACCUUUGACGACUACAGGUGGGCAGUGUCCUCUGUGAUGACCCGUCAGAACCAGAUUCCUACAGCAGAUGGAAGUCGGGUCACACUGGCCCUCAUCCCUCUCUGGGACAUGUGCAACCACACCAACGGCCUGAUUACGACCGGCUACAAUCUUGAGGAUGACCGUUGCGAAUGUGUGGCUCUUAAAGAUUACAAAGAGGGUGAACAGAUCUACAUUUUCUAUGGUACAAGAUCCAAUGCAGAGUUUGUGAUCCACAAUGGUUUCUUCUUUGAGGACAACGCACAUGACCGCGUGAAGAUUAAGCUGGGUGUGAGCAAGAGCGAACGUUUGUAUGCCAUGAAGGCCGAGGUUCUGGCUCGUGCUGGGAUUCCUGCGUCCAGUAUCUUUGCCCUGCACUGCAGCGAGCCGCCCAUAUCCGCUCAGCUCCUGGCCUUCCUGCGUGUCUUCUGCAUGACUGAAGAGGAACUCAGGGACUACCUGGUGGGCGAUCACGCCAUCAACAAGAUCUUCACCCUGGGCAACACCGAAUUCCCUGUCAGCUGGGAGAACGAAAUCAAGCUGUGGACGUUCCUGGAAACACGGGCUGCACUGCUGCUCAAAACCUACAAGACGACCUCAGAGGAGGACCGCUCCAUGCUGGAGAAGCCCGACCUGUCCCUGCACUCCCGCAUCGCUAUAAAGCUGCGGCUGGCGGAGAAAGAGAUUCUCGAGCGUGCCGUGUCCUGCGGUCAGGCCAAGCGCCUGCACUUCCAGAAGCAGCUGGACGAAGGGGCCCCACUGCCUCUGUAUGAAGAAAGCGACAUCGCCCUUUUGGAGAAUGCAGAUGCCAAGCUCCCCAUCAUCCUGCGCAAACUGGAAGAAGAAGACGAGCGUGUUCAGGAGGAGAUGAACCUGGCUCAAAUCAAGCCGGACGCUGCCUGCCUGGACUCCUCCAAGACGCCCGUUCUUAACGGGCAGUGUAAAGAUCUCAAUGGUACUCAGGAGGAUCCUCCAGGAAGCAAUGCGGCGGUGAAAGAAAGUGAGGUUGAGAAGAGUGACCCGAGUACCAAACGAACUGAAGAUGAACCAAAAGAUGUCGGCAAAUAGUCAUAACCAGAGCACGGAGGCAAUCUUAGUUCCUGCUAUUUAUUUAUUUUCUUUUGACAGACUCAUAAUUAGGAGCAAAAGCUUUCUAAACUAAAGCAGUGGAUUUGAGUUUAAACUUUUUUUGUUUUUUAUUAAAUGCAGCUUAGGUAUGAGCUAGCUCAAGCUAUAAGAAGCCUGUCGUUUUACUUUGUUUUGUUGGAGUUUUUAUGAGUGCCACAUUUGGUUUCUUUUGUAGUAGCUUCGCUCGUGCUGCCAGUAAGGUUAAUGAGAUGAAAGAAGUAACCAAUCACAUGGACUCCUGUCUAGAUGAAGGCUUGCUCGGACUUCAUGAAAUGAAUGAAAUAUAUCUAUAUCGAAGACUUUAACAUGGUAACGUUGCCAAGGAUGUUUCUGUUUAGUCACCUAAUGCGGACUUAGGGAAUUUAAUCUCUCUAACCAACUGUUUCUGUAAAUCAUAACAGAAACAUGCUUGACGUUUAGUGCUGCUUGACAAUCAUUACUCUUAUGUUCUGACAUUGAUCUCUAAAGAGAUCAUCACUGCCUCGCUGCACGCUACUUUACUCGCAUAAAAAGUAAGGUUACUGAAAGUCCCAAAAAAGUUUAUAUUUUCAUUUCAGAGAACAGUAAGUGUGCAAAGUGUGCAUUAGUUUUGGUUUUGAACGUUGUAACCUGAACCAGGAGAUGAGAGGUUUCUCUUUGCAGUGAAUGUAAUUCAAGGUUUGUGUGUUAAAGCCAUUCACUCUUUAUUAUGCUUUAUAUUCAUUUGAAUCCUUCUGUGCUUAUGAAACACUUUGCAGUUAAUGGACAUCAAGACUAUGAUCUCUAAGGACUAACUUCUAACAUACAUGAUCUUUGGGAAAUCGAUUUUUAUUUUCCUUAUUUUUAUGUAAGUAUUCACUGCAACACCAGAAUUCUCUCUCACAUUUGUCAUGCAACUGUUGUGGUCAUCUUUAAGCCUUAACGAAUGUCAUUUAGUUGGAUUUCAGAUACAGAAACACUGAUCCAGGAUGAAGACUGUGUGCAGUUACAAAUGUGCAUCUCUCAAAAGCCACAACUCUGCUCCUGUCAACUUUCAAAUAACAAAACAUUGAGGGCUUUUAAUUAAAGGAAUAUUUCACCUAAAAAAAUGUUUUCCCAUUUUUCAGGUCUAGAUUAUCCAUUACUUACUGAUAAUCUUCCAUCUUUUCCUCAGACGAAGCUAUCAUAUGGCUUCGGAAAACUGAUAUAGUGUUUUGUUAAAUUAAAUUAAAUCUUAGAGCUUUGUACCUCUACACUGUAAAAAAAAACAAAAAAAAAAAACAAUUUGUUGAUUUCAACUUAAAAUAAUUUGUUACUCGGCUGCCUUAAAAAAUUAAGUUCAGUCAACUUGAAAUGUUAAGUUGUACUAAGUGACAACUUAGAUAUUUGAGUUCAUUCAACUUAACAUUUUAAGGCAGCUGGGUAACAAGUCCAGCAAGUUUAACAAACCAAAUUUUUUGUUUAGUCAUCUUAAAUAUCUAAGUUUUCAAUUAGUACAACUUAAAACUGCAGUGUAACAAAUUAUUUUAAGUUAAACAAAAAAUUUUUAACAGUGUACCCAGUUGAAUAAUCCAUCGGUAGUGACUUGUAUUCAAAAUAUUGAAAUAUACCCCCAAUGUUUUGUUAUCCUUUUGAAGUUUGUACAUGUAUGGAACUGGAAAUCACAUUUCAGUUCAAGUGUUCUGCCCAACUAAACAGCACUGUUCAAUAUACUGUUCAGAAUGGUUUAUGUUGACAGAUGUUUGAGUGUAUUGAAGCCUGUCACUUGUUCUUGCUGCUUCUGUAUAUAGAUUUAUAGCUUUGGAAAGCUAACAGCUUUAAUACACUUAUUUUCAAAUCUUUAAUGUGAUCUAGCCAUAAAGAAAAUACACAGUGGAUAGCACUGACUCCCAGUGCAUCAGUGCAACUGUAUAGGUAAGAGCCAUUAGAGUCUGUCUACAAUGACAAGUCCAAGAUUAAAGUUCUGUGCAUUUUUCACCUGAAUCGAAUAA